GUGAGCGUCGUGACAUGUCCAACACAUAUUCCAAGCGGUUAACAAAUCACAAAAGAGUGGGCAUGCUGACUAAUCAAAGCGGACUGGGCUUUUUGUGAGGCUGGCCUGCAAAUGUACUGGCGCCAUUCGCUUUGGACCGUAUGUGCUUUGAUCUUUCAAACAGAGCUUUUCUACUGCUAUACGAUUCCAAGCGCACAUCAUCUGAGACUGAGCACAAGCUGGUUUGUCCUUCAGAGUGUGAGCACCGCAAAGAGCAGAGGACGAAAAGUGACAGCAGCAGGUCAAAGAGAGCCGUCUACCUGCAGCGACGUUGACUAUUUAAAGACUGAAACAGGGCUGGCACCACAAUUGUAUAUGGAUUGUGAAAUAAAAGUCUCUUUAAACAUUCAGCAUGCUGUGCAAGUCCAAUAAUGUUUGCGUAGUUAUCAGGACGGGCACGGGGAUGGUUGUGUGCUCGCGGCUGAGGCUCAGUGGAUGAAAAGUGGCUUAUGGAAGAAGUCCCCCGCUGGAAUCACACGCAGUCCUGUAAUCAGGGAGAGGGACGGCGAGAUAGCAAGAGGAGAGGAGGGUAUCGUGUUUCUCAGCUGCGCUGUACCCUAAUCCAGGCUUUGGAAGUGGGAUGAGAGGAACGCAGAAAGAGGUGAGCUUGCCUGAGCCAGAGAGAACGGGACGAGACAAGGAGGCGAUACAAGGUGGUGCGAGGAAACAAGAGGGACAGCGAGGAGGAAGAAAGGCACGGCAGAACGAGGGUAGGACAAGGGAAGGCCAAAGAAGACGACGCACAACGAGACGCGAGAAGGGAGGGCGAGGACGCAGAUUUUGACAGGACAAGGCUCGGAAAGACGAAGGGCGAGCGUAGGCGGUGAUGGCCGACGAGACCGCAUAAAGCCGGAGAAGCCAAGAGAAAGCCAAGCCAUCGUUCGUUCGUCAAACUUCAGUGCCCCCAUUGGGAUCGAGCCAGAGAAGGAUGGCAUGUCAGGCGUUCGGCAGCGAUUCCUUCGGCCCUCUGGCAGGAGAUUCCGCCUUGCCCAUCCUCAUGCACCACGCCUCAGCCAACGAAUGCAUGCCGACCUCCUCCCACGCACACAGCAUGGUCUCUGCAGUGUCGUCUGGACUGUCCCUGGGUCAGAGCGCCAAGCGCUCCCACAUGCAUCUGUCCACCUCCUCCCUUGGCAACGCGCUUGGCAACAGCCCCCCGAGCCUUCAUUACCCAGUCGCCCCCUGUCACUACAGCAACCAGCAGGCCACCUAUGGCAUGAUGGCGGCUCAGGAGAUGCUGUCUGCCAGCAUUUCUCAGACAUGUAUCCUGCAGACUUGUGGAGUCCCUCACCCAAACAUGGUGAGCGGUGCAAACCCGUUGCAAGGGUCUCUUACUCCAUGCUUGUACAAGUUUCCCGAUCAUGGUCUGAGCAGCGGUUCUUGUGCAUUGAGCCAUGGUUUCUCUUCACUGCCCGCGGCUAUCCUCUCAACUGAUGAGGGCCCUGGGGGCCACAGUGUUGGAGAGAUGAAAACUGACGGCCAGAGGAAAAGCAUGCGGGACCCUGAAGACGCCCCCGCCAUGGACUCCCCGCAGAUCAGAGAGCUGGAGAUGUUCGCCAAUGACUUCAAGAUACGCAGGAUCAAACUGGGAUACACCCAGACUAAUGUAGGCGAAGCGCUGGCUGCAGUGCACGGCUCGGAGUUCAGCCAGACCACGAUCUGCCGCUUUGAAAAUUUGCAGCUGAGCUUCAAGAACGCCUGCAAACUCAAGGCCAUUCUGGCGAAAUGGCUGAACGAGGCCGAGCUGGCUGGUGCCUUGUACAACGAUAAAUUAGGAAUGAAUGAGCGAAAGAGAAAGAGGAGAACAACUAUCAGCCUCGGGGCCAAGGAGGCUCUGGAGCACAGCUUUGUGGAGAAGAGCAAGCCGUCCUCGCAAGAAAUCGCGCGGAUUGCCAAGGGCCUCCAUCUGGAGAAGGAGGUGGUCCGAGUGUGGUUCUGCAACCGGCGGCAGCGGGAGAAACGGGUCAAGACGAGCCUCAACCUCAGCGCCUGCUUGACCAAACUCAGCCCCAACUGCAUAGCACAGAUGAGCAAGGCACACAGGUCAAUGACGUAGUUGAUGGUUCAGGCCGAGAGCGCGUGUUCACCGACGGCGACCCCUCCAUCGUGAAGAUGGAGAAGUUUACUUUGACAGAAAGGCCAAAUAAUAAUAAAACAAACUGCCCAGUCACCGGCUGCUCACACACUUGACAACUGUUGCGCUGAUUCAACACUCAGAUGAGAAUUUAUACCUUGCGACAGUGAGCCGGACUAAAUAAAUAAAAAAAUCCAACACAACUUUGCUAUAAAACACACGUCACUGUCACACAGCAAACGCCUGUUUAAUUUGUACUGGAUCGACUUAUUGCAGCUUUCUCUGUGUCAUUUUAUGUUGUUUCCCUUCUUCAAUACUAGAGUAGGAUGUUGUUUCUUUUUCCUCAACACGAUCUUACGUCCAUGUGAAGAAAAAAACAAAACAUUUUCAUUAAGUUCACGUUAGCUGCUGUUUGACAAUGAGACGCGCACAACCUCUGCUGUGCCUUGGUUGCUACACGAAUACUGAAAAAUAUAUUAGCCACACAGACCAAAUAUGAUUCCAUCCACCAGCACCACAUUGUGGAUGAGCACUCUUGAGCCCUGUGACGUCAGCAAUACAAACCCAUAUUCUGAGCAAGAGAAGUAGAAAUGUAUUGAUGGUGAAAUGAAGUGUUCAACAUUUACAUCUGUAUUAACCAGCUGGACCCUUCGUUGCUGUAGUUACAGUAUAUGUGUUUGUGCCCCUGUGUCUUUUUAAGUUAUCCGUCACUGUCUUAUCUUGUCUGAUGAUUUCUUUUUUAAAUGACUGUAGCCAUAGCUGGAAAAAAAAAAAAGUAAUAUAUUUCAACUUUCACAACAACCUAUUUAUUUGAGAUCUAAUAUAUCACGCUGGUCCACUUUCACGUCUCUUUUGAUCUGUGCUCUGAAGUCGAGAACGUGUGAAACUUUUCCGGCAUUUUUUGUCAACAAAUGGAUCGGAUGCCUCGCAUUUCCCUGUCGUGUGAGAUGGAUACAAUCCUGUGCUUUUGUUGCUGUUGCCAUGACAAAGUGUCGCACAAAGAAGACCAUCAGCCUGUCACGACUCUGACCCGGUUGGGAUGACUGAUGGAAAGUGACGAAACAAGCUGACACCUUCUGAGUCCAAACCUGGGCCUUGAAAUUCAACUUGUCAGGAACCGUUAAUCCGUGCCUGGAUGAGGUGAGGAAUGAAAGCAUGUGUCAUAUGAGGAUGUCAGAUGGAAAUGAAGUGCCUUUAUUCAACUCCAUUGAAAAUAUAAAUGUGCCUGGGUACAUUUCGCACUACAGUGUGAAGAGAAUAUGCCCCUUUGUGUUCCCAGACACUGAAAAGUAAAUCAGUUCAACUCAUAUCUAACAAUAAACUCCGUUUUUAUGAUGGAC